AUGGCGGAUGCUGUAGGGACGGAUGAGGCCGAUGACCGUUCUUGGUCGUCGUGGAGCUCAGCCUUUGAGCCACAGCAACCGGAGCCUCCCCUCCCGUCCGUGAAGAAGCGUAAGAAGAAGAAGACAAGGAAGGCCGGGAAGGCCUCUCGUAAGAGGCAUAAGGCACGGCGGGUGAGUCCCGCGCCUGAUUCGGACAGUUCGGCUAUCGAGGCCAGGACGGAAGUCCUACAGGAGGUGGGGGCUCGACAGCCAACAGUGUCGGCUACGGCUUCGUCGGGGGAGCUCAGGCUACCCCUUGAUGGUGAUACUGCUACUGAGGACUUGCUUGACAUCGAUUCGCAGUCUGCAGGUACUUAUACGGUGGAGGAUCACACUGAGGCAGUCAUGCACCAUGCUAGGUCGGGACGCCUGCGUGCAGAGACAGCGCUCGGGACCUCGAGCGAAAACAUGCGCAAGAGCGCUUUCGAUGUGAGUGUGUACGCCAGAGUGUGUGACGCGGGGAUGUUUCCCUGGCCAAUGGGACCGAUGGGGCCGAUGAUGCCCCCAUUCGGUAGUGAGAGGCGUCGGCGCCGUCGGCGCUCCCCCUCGAGUAGCUCUGAGCGCUCGAGGAGCAGAAACCGUGAUCGCAGACGCGACCGGGAAUCAAGAUCGGGGGGAGCGCGAGCUGCUGCGCCUUUUCCCCCGCCAGUGCCUCAGCUGCCGGCAGCAGCGCCGGGAUAUGAAUGGAGGCAAGUACCAGUGGUGCCGGUGCAGCCACCUUUGCCGCCUAUUGCCCCUGCUGUGCAUGUGCCUCAGCAGCAGACUACUUGGAAUCGCCAGCCCUGGCGCGGAGGAGGCCAGCAGAAGCAGGGCCAAUGGAACAAGCGCUGGAACCAGUGGCAUCGGUCCAGCCAGGGGUCGGGUGAGCCUCGAGGGUCGGGCCGUCAGUCCUCUUGGACGGAUCCAGACCACCACAACAUUCAGGAGGCCACUCCGUCUGAAGUGGCCGCGGCCGACGCCCGUAGGGCUGCCAAAGAGGUUGAUCAGGACGAGGCCGACGACGAAGCGUCGUACCUCGCAGCUCUGUGGAAGUCGGCGGAGGAUCAAGCGCGCGCAGACCCCACUCGCCCAUUGUCAGCUCGGGAACUGGCAGAGCAGGGAAAACUGCAGUGGUGGUGGAAGAUGCCUUGGAAGGCCAUCGCCGAGAAGUUCCCCGACACGGCCGCAUACAAGGAAUUCUUGGAAGGACUUGAAGGUCCGAUACCGGCCUCUGUGAUAUCCCGAGUGGCCACGGUCCUUGCUGCCUUUCGGGCUUACGGCCGCCCCCUCGAGGGGGAGAAUCCUGUGGCGGGCGUCGUCGGACCCGAUGCUCACAUUUUUCGGGUGCCUGGGCAACGAAUUUUGAUCUUAUCCUGCGAAUUGCGCGGGCCAAGCUAUAUCCGCAAUCCGAACUCGGAACACUCUGCUAUCAUGGCUCAUGGUACCUCUUUCCCAUCUUUAGUCGGCGUGGCGGAGAUAGGGGAGAUCGCAGUGAACGAUUAUCGCGAUCAGGGAAUUCCCUGCUUCGGCUUUUCGGCACGAGGUUCAUUGGUCGGACUGUCGCGAGAUGCACUGGAAAGUGCAGCGACAAAAUGCGCGAGUCGGGCUAAAGCCCUGGGUGGUGCGAUUAUCCUCGUAGAGUGCGAGUUGCCACGGGGCACCCCCUCUGUGGAGGGGGGGAACGAAAUGAUGCAGAUCUGUUGCCGGGACGCUGGCUCGGUCAGGUCGGGGGAUCACUUUUUGAUCUCCCCAAAACACGCGAUUAUGAGAGGAAUCGCAGUAGGGUGGCCGUGCUAA